AUGCCACAAUAUUCCAAAGGUGCCGAUCAUAAAGAGAAUUCUCUUCUCGGAACACUGGAUUCGUUUCGGGAAUAUGAUGAGUUGUAUCCAGAAAUAACAGGAGAUGAGUAUUAUGAGUGUCCGUGUUGUCGUUAUUUCUGGAAUAAUAGGUAUAGUUUGCUCCCUUUGGCCACGAUUCGAACAAGUGUUGGAAAUGUUCAAACUGAGAAGUUUUCAUUUUCUACCACACACGCAUCGCAUGGUGAUUCACGAGGUGCAAACAAGUCAGAUAUUGUAUCUCAUGUGUUAGCAAUUGCCACUGAACAUCAUUCAGUAGGAUUGUUUGAGAGCUAUACAGAGAAUGAUUACAAAUUUGUAAUUGUGAAAUUAGGAUCAAAUAGAGAUGACGAGAAUUUAUUGCAACAUUUUCAUUCAAACCAUCUCAUUGAAAUUCAAUCUGGUAAUGAUAAACCAAACGUUGUGCAAUCGAAUAGACACAGACGAGAUAUGGACGUGGUGAAUAUCUUUGAAACUUACCAAUUUGAAAACUCGAAACUUGAAAAAUCAUUCGUGUGUAUAUUUUCAGAAUGUCGUGCACAAGUUAAAAUUGUAUUGGAUGAGAACAACUUGUCACAAUCCAAAGUGUUCAUUGAUAUUACCAAUACAAUUACUGAACUAGGCGAAGGAACUCGAUUUUAUCCUUCACCAUCACCUUCCCUCCAAACACAUACCUGCUCGAUAACAUCAGAGAAAUGUUUGGGAGCUCAGAGCUUUUCUGGUCUGGUGAUAACUAGAGUUUUAUCAAACUCCCCUAUGAUAUAUUUUAUUCCAAACGAGAAACAACCAGAAAAUCAAAUGACAAAGAGCGUGAAUUUAGACCCUUCUUACAUCCUAAGAUUUGAUUAUGCACAAAUCAUGACUCUGAAUGAAUCAAAAUUCUUUCUAAUUGCAAGCGCGUAUGGAAACAGAUACGAAGAAAAUUCAUUCGUUCUGAGAGAGAUUAUCCCAACGCUUGGAGAGAACGGACAAGUAGAGACAUGUAAGAUGAGAAAGUUUCACGUACGCAACUUUUACAAAUAUUUCACCAAGCUCCAUCAAGUCAUAGAUUACACAACAAUUUCAGAUGGGAAAUAUUUAUUCUUGCUGAACCAGAGGCCAAAAGAAAAAGUUGAUACCUUUGAGAAAUAUCAAUCAUCUUUAUUAUGGAUUGUUUUAGAUUUAAUUUCGUGUACUGCAAAGAGAGUAUUACCAGUGCAUUACAAAAAUAGCGAUAUUGAUGCUUUUCCUGUUCUUAGAAAACAGAAAUUAUUGGACGAAGAAGGCUUUGAAAAAUUUGAACGAAAGAAGAAAUCUUGGAUGAAACCUAACGUGAAAAAAGAUUCUCUGGCCAAUUCAGCCAUUCCAAGAAACCUAGACUUGGAAAAUAGUGUGAAGAUAUUUGGAUACCAUUCACACAGUGUCACCAAUCGAGACUUAUUUUCUGUCUUGCUUCUUUUUCGAUCCAAUUUUGAAGACAAGUCUCUCAGGUGCCACAAUAGAUUUGAAGAUGUGGCCUACCAUCAAUACACCUUUAAAUUCACAGAUGAUCACAUUCCAACUAUUGGUGAGUUCAACAAUCGAUUGCUCUCAGAUGUUACCAUCACUGCUCAACAUUGA